UCCAAUCACAAACACCAAAUCCACGCCGACCAAUUCCCAACACACCACCCAAAUGGACCACAACAACAACAACCACCAACCACCUCUCUCCGCCGCCGGAAUCCCUCCUCCUCCUCCUCCUCCAACCACCUCCGUAUCCGCCGCCGGAGCCGCCUCAUACCACCACCUCCUCCAGCAACAACAGCAACAGCUCCAAAUGUUCUGGUCCUACCAACGAAAAGAGAUCGAGCAAGUGAACGAUUUCAAAAACCACCAGCUCCCUCUCGCUCGGAUCAAAAAGAUCAUGAAAGCCGACGAAGACGUGCGCAUGAUCUCCGCCGAAGCGCCGAUCCUCUUCGCCAAAGCCUGCGAGCUCUUCAUCCUCGAGCUCACGAUCCGAUCCUGGCUCCACGCCGAGGAGAACAAACGCCGCACGCUUCAGAAAAACGACAUCGCCGCCGCGAUUACGAGGACCGAUAUCUUCGAUUUCCUCGUCGAUAUCGUUCCUAGGGAUGAGAUCAAGGAAGAGGCGGCGAUCGGCGGGAUGGUGACGACUCCUCCCGCCGCGAGCGGCGUGCCUUACUAUUGUCCGCCGAUGGGUCAGCCUACAGGUCCUGGAGGGAUGAUGAUUGGGAGGCCUGCCAUGGAUCCGAGUGGUGUCUAUGUGCAGCCUCCGUCUCAGGCGUGGCAGAGCGUUUGGCAGACGUCGGCGACCGGCGAUGAUGUCUCUUACGGCAGUGGAGGAAGCAGCGGUCAGGGGAAUCUCGACGGCCAAGUUUAAGCUGAGAGUAUUCACCAGCUGUUGAAGACAACAGAUAUUAGUCGACUCUGCCUUGAAUUUUGGAUGUGUCUGAGAUCUGAUCGAUUAUGCCUUGAAUUCAAUUUCAAAAAGGCUUUACAUUUUAAAAAAAAAGUAGAAGUAAAGAGAGCUCUUAUUUCUGUUUGUUAACUUAUAUAAAUGUUAUUGUAGCAAAAGCUGUGAUUUUGCCUAAUUAUAUAUAUCUAAUGUGCAGUUUCUAAUU